GUCUCCUCCCUCAUGUCUUCUUGAAGUGUGAAAUGACUGUUUAAACAGGAAGUGUCUGUUUUAGAUGACACCGGACAGCAGUUAUUUUUAUUAAUGUGUCAGUAUGGGCUCCGGUGCACUGGCUCUCAUUCUCUUGCUGAUGUCCUUCAUCCACGCUGGACUCACUCAAGCGAGACCAAAAGCUGUAGUGAAGGUGACUCCAGAUGAGCGUGUGUUCAGAGGAGAGACAGUCAAUCUCACAUGUGACAUACAGGGAGCAGGACACACUCAGUGGAGUUACAGCUGGUUUAAAGAUGGAUACACAUUCUAUCCAUUAACAACAACAGCAGAGAUCAGUUUCACAGCUGAGGUGUAUCACAGAGGUGAAUACAGCUGUAGAGGAGAGAGAUCAGACUCACAGAGAUCAUCAGACAUCAGUGCUGCUGUUACACUGACUGUAUCAGAUUUAUCCAGAUCUUCACUGACUGUGACUCCAGACAGUCCUGUAUUCACUGGAGAGACAGUCAAUCUGAAGUGUGUGACUGAGACGUACACUUACAGAUACGGUAGCUGGGGAUGGAGAUGGACACUUGACCAAACACAUAAACUGAAAUAUGAGUGGUAUAAAGACGGUGUAAUGUUACAGACGUCUGAUCGUUACACUGUAAACAGAGACACUCUCACUAUCAGAGGAGUAAUUACAUCUGAUCAGGGUCAGUACUGGUGUAGAGGACGGAUAAGAUCAGUCUCAUCUCAAUCAAACUCUGUUUAUCUCUCAGUGAAAGAUUCCCCCAGAUCUUCACUGACUGUGACUCCAGACAGUCCUGUAUUCACUGGAGAGACAGUCAAUCUGAAGUGUGUGAUUGAGUCUCACAGUAACUGGAGAUAUGAGUGGUAUAAAGACACAGACAGUGUAAUGUUACAGACGUCUGAUCGUCACACUGUAAACAGAGACACUCUCACUAUCAGAGGAGUAAUUACAUCUGAUCAGGGUCAGUACUGGUGUAGAGGACAGAGAGAUCAGAGACCAAACUCAUCAAGAUCUGCUGUUAAUCUCACUGUGACAGGUUUCCCCAGAUCUUCACUGACUGUGACUCCAGACAGUCCUGUAUUCACUGGAGAGACAGUCAAUCUGAAGUGUGUGAUUGAGUCUAAUCACAGUAACUGGAGAUAUGAGUGGUAUAAAGACACAGACAGUGUAAUGUUACAGACGUCUGAUCGUUACACUGUAAACAGAGACACUCUCACUAUCAGAGGAGUAAUUACAUCUGAUCAGGGUCAGUACUGGUGUAGAGGACAGAGAGAUCAGAGACCAAACUCAUCACAGGACAGUAACCGAAUACAUCUGUCUCUUAAUGGUGAGGAAAUAAUGUGAUAAAUACUUAUAAGCACUGAUUAACUAUUUAUAGUUUUUUUGGCUGUAAAAUGCCUCCUUUUAAGGCAAAUAAGGUUUAUAAUAGAAUGUUCUAGAUCAACAAUGACAUCUCUGUUCAAAUUAAUGUUAUAACCAGAAGGAGCAAAGUGUGUGAAGUCAGAAGCCUUGAAAUAUUAGGUUUAAUGAAAUAGUAUCAUAUGUGACUUACGAUCAGAUCUGAAUGUGUUUGUUCUCCAGUCUCAGACUCUUCAUCUUCUCUUCUGGUCACUGCUGUGGUUGUGGGAUCCAGUGUUUUCUUGUUGAUCUUCAUCUCUCUGCUGCUGCUGUGGAGAUACAAGAAGAACAAAGAUCAGCAGCGUAACAUUAACCAGACAUCAGUCCCAAAUCAAUCUGCAGAACCUCAACCAGAAAACUUUCCUCUACAGUCUGCAGAUCCUGAUCAUGUUUAUGACGACGUGACUGAAGUGAAGAAGAGACACAAAGAUGAUCCAGAAACCACAGAGGUCACAUAUUCAGAGAUUUUAUGGUCAUAUGUGGAUAAAGAUGUUUCCAUGGCAGAGUCAAAUGAUGUGACAUACUCAGAAGUAAAAAAAAAAGUAAAGAAAUGCAAAGAUGCUGAUGCUGGAGUUGGUGAUGCAACUUAUGCUUCUGUUAGGAAGAAGGGU